AUGGAUCCACAAACGACGGAUGAAACCAGAGAUGACUUGAUUCAACGUCACAAAAAGGAAAACAAGGAUCUCAUCGCAACCAUCACGGGUCUAAAGAAGCAAGCCACGAAGAAAACGAGAAAGUCGGUCUUGAGCAAGUGUCAGGAACUAGAGGAUAACUUAAAGAGGAAACAUGCUGAGGAGUUGGCACAGUUGGAGAACCCAGAAGGGCAAAAUGAGGAACAACUUGAAGUGACCCCAGAGCAGUUGUUAGCCGAGCUUUCGGUAGGAGAUAAACAAGAAGUAUUAGCUGAGAACCCUGUCAAGAAAGACAAUACCCAGCCAGGAGGACUAGCUGGACCUAAAAGGCGAAACCGUCAAAAGGAAAGGUUGGCGAAACGCCAAGCUGAGAUUGAACGCAUGCAAACUGAAGCAAGAGAAGAAACUGCAAAUUCAGUGGAUUACAGACAGAUUGAAAUAGAUUCCAUGAGUCAGCACUUAGCCGUCCACAACUUGAAACUACACGACAUCAAGCCCGACGGUCAUUGUCUCUUUGCUUCAAUCCAGGACCAAUUGCAACAACGUCACCGUAUUGACAAAACAGUACAGGAAUUGCGCGACUUAUCGGCUCAGUACAUACUUUCGCACAGAGAUGACUUUGUGCCGUUCUUGUUUGAUGAACAAACUGGUGAAAUUAGAGAUGUGGAUGAGUACUGUCACGAAUUGACUUCGACGGCGAUGUGGGGGUCUGAUAUGGAGAUUUUGGCCUUGGCAAAAGUGUUUGAGUGCUGUGUUGCCAUCCAUAUGGCUGGGGCUGCGACUUUGAAAAUAAACGAGGAAGCAAAAUCAAGUGGUGUGGGUAAGGAUGAUGAUGGCGUAAAACCUGAAUUGCAAUUGGGGUAUUAUAAGCAUUCCUAUGGCUUAGGGGAGCAUUACAAUUCGUUGAGAGACGCGUUAUAG